UACAGUAUUUGAAGAAACCUGUACAUGUGAGCAGAAGGAAGUAAGGAAGCACUGUUUCACCACCAUCAUCAUCACUCCACGCUCACUCAAGGACGCGCUCCCUUUCCACACGCUACACACUUUGUUGGAGAGAGAGAGAGAGAGAGAGGGAGUGAGUAAGAGGAGGAGUAGGAGGAGUGGAGUAAGAAAGAUCCAGGUAUUAACUGGAUGUAUGGGGGCAAGCGCAGUCGCUGCUGGCGGAUGGCACAACAAAAGGACAAGAGAAGAUGUGGUGUGCUGAUGGCUCUCUGUCCUCCUCCUUCGCCCUAUAGGAAGUGGGCUUUUAUUCCAAACGGAGACGCAGGUGUCACCUCUUUAUCCCCACUGCUCCCUCCCAACAGCACCUUUCUCAGUUGUCCAUGCGCCGACCGCGCCUCCGCUUCCAAGUCAACACUGGGUGGGUUUUACGUGCCGGAGUAAGACGAAGAAAGAGAGGAAGAGGAAGAAGAACAUCAUGUUAAAUGAAAUGUUUGUGCGCCGCUUCCUUCCGCCGCUGUGAAUGUGAUGAAGAUAAUGAUGAAGCGGCGCCUGCAGCUUGCACUGAUGACUUGAACCGGGGGCAACACAGGAGGGUUGCACACUACAUCACUUAUUCCAUAUAGAGAAGAUUUAUUGAUAACCAUGGCUGACCAGUACAGUAUGUUUCUCACCACGGCACCUCCCCUCCGGCGAGGAAGCACACCUCUGCCUGUCAAACACCAGCUGCGGAGGGAAGAGGCCGUAUCUGACGACUGCGAUUGGAUCCCGGGCUUGGAGGAGCCUGCUAUGUUGCCUAUCAGUGACACAGCUGUGGCUCGGGAUGACUCUUUCGGCCAGUUGGCUGCCACCCAGCCGGCGUACCAUAGCCGUGGCGGCGCAUUGAGAAUAGUACUUUUGGGACAGAACGGUGUUGGCAAGUCAUCGCUGGCGUUGUCUUUGGCCGGGCAGUCGGACAGAUCCCUCUCUGUAGACUCUGAGACGCUAGCAGGUGAGGGCUACGAGUGCACAGUGACAGUCGACGACGAGGACAGCAAAGUCGUCAUUUUCGACAACUGGAAACAGGACUUGUCCACUUUGCAGUGUGAUGUGUGUAUCCUGGUCUUCUCGGUGACUGACAGGCGAAGUUUCCACCGCACCGCCCAGCUCCGCCUCCUCCUCAGGGAGUCCCAGCCACAAACACCAAUCAUCCUGGUGGGCAACAAGAGUGACCUAGUUCGCUCCCGUGAAAUCAGCUCAGAGGAGGCCCAGUCCAGCGCGAUGAUGUUCGACGGUAUCUACCUGGAGCUCUCAGCCUCCCUGGAGCACGGCACCAACGAGCUACUGGAGGCGGCCGUUCGCUCUGCGAGGGGUGACUGUGUCGGCCCCGGCUGGACCGACGGGGACCCCGGGUCGGGCCGCAGGGAGAGCCUGACCAGCCGGGCCAAGCGCUUCCUGGCAGGGCUGGUGCCGCGCUCGUACUGCCGAGACAGGGAUCGAGGACGCUACCGGGAGAUGAGCCGGCACAGAGGCAGCAAGAUCCUACGUCAGAAGUCUCGCUCUUGCCAUGACCUCAGUGCAAUGUGACACGCCUACUUACACACACACACACACACACACACACACACACACACACACCAGAUUGAAAGGUAUAGGGUAGGGAGCUGAAAGAUGAAAGAGGGGACGAGGGUAUCAUUGAGGAUAGAAGGGAAGAGCAAAAAGGGAGGCUACAUAAGGCUACAUCCACACAACUUGGGACGACACCCGCUGUCAAUCACACUGGAGUUCACUCAUCAUUCGCUGUGUGUCAUCAUCUAUGUUCCUCGAAAAUUGGAACGUAAAUGUGUUUAUUAGGCACAUUUUCCCACAGACGAGCGGAGUCACCAAUAUAAUCAAUAUCAUUUUUCUUCCAGGUGGGAUUCCUCCAGCAAAACGGGAGACUAGGCCCACUUCCACUUCCACAUCCACAGUCUGUGUGACAAAAACAUGUGAUUUAGCACCAGACAUGCCUCCUAUCCACACUAUCCUGGCAUUUUGGAGCCCAGAUAAGUAAAGUUUCACAAUGUAAGCACAGAUUUCAGGAAUGAACGUGAAACAGUAAACGUUUAUUCUUCUCCAUGAUGAACGACGGCCCCUUUUUUUGAAGGGUUGAAUAAUUGAUUGAAAAAAAAUUCAAUAUCAAUAUUUGGACUUUGAUACCAAUUCCUGAAAAAAUGCUUUUUUGUGGUACAAAUUUUUAUUAAAUGUAUUUGUACUCUGCACAUGAGACGAUGAUGAUAACUCAGACUCAGACUAGGUUCUGAACAAAAAAGCUCGGGUCAGAAAACUUCACCUUGAGGUCUCAUAAAACAGAAAUCCUCGCUCAUUAUAGAUGCAGUUGUAUGGAUGUAGCCUAACAUGAAUCAGUGAAAGCCAUUUUGCAGAAACAAAGUCUCCUGGAUUGAGGAGGGAAACGGAUUAAGCGAUGGGGUGAAUCGGCGGGUGGAGUGAGAGGGAGGAGUCCACAAAUAAACACACACCCAAGUAGCACGCACUGAGUUCGUAUAGACGGAUAGCAAUCUGAUGUAAACGUAUCGUAGAGCCUGUUUUUCUAGCAUGUCACGUAGAGAGAUUUAAGUGAUCAUCCUGUAGGUUUUACAAUUACAUGAUACUGGAUUGACUGUACCUCAGUGGCCAAUAGCUAAUGCACAAUCUAGCUAGUGUCUCUAGCAUUGCCAUCAAAAGCAAAUCCCUUUAUGUCUGGAAACGCUCCCCCUCUCUCUGCACAUACCAUCCUCACACUGCAUCCACUUUUUGUUUUCCCCGUACUGACUUGAAGAUGUGUUUUAUACACCAGGAAUUUCUCCUCCUUCUUCUUCUUCUUCUUCUUUUUUUUUUUUUACAAUGAAUGGUCGGCGCAAAGAACCCUUUACUGCAGGAGGUGGAGCGACAGGAAGUAAACGAAUAAGACCGGACUGGACUAUUUCUGAAACACCCGCAGGACAAACGGGAGAAAAAAAAGGAGAAGAAGGUGUUUUCAUUUUCUUUCUACCUGCCGACCUUGUUCUGUGUGUUGACUUGACUGACUUGUGUGGGAAUGUUCUGGAAACAUCUCAUUUCAUCCAGCAUGGCGUCGACACGUUUGUCACUGUCUACGAUGCACUGACAAUAAAUGCGUUUUUGUUUGACUUCCUGAA